AAUUUAUUACGCGCGCACUCCCUACUUAUUAGUGCACCUGCGACGGCUGCUGAUUUCUGAUAGUACGUUAAUUGCAAUUUGUAGGUAGCGCUCAGUGAAGAACUUGCUGUUAUGAAUUGAUAUGCACCAAUUCUUCCUGGCACACCGUCUUCCGGAUACUACUAGCUCUUCGUAUCACUACAACCAUAUUAGCUAAGAUAUACGAUAUGCUCUAUUAGUUUUCGAAGCAGAAUGAACGUCACCCUACUUAUGAAAUGUUGUCUUCUUCCAACAAUGAUAUUAAAUUGAAGUUAUCCUAAAUUGACACUAUGCAAACGAUUUCAGUCAGUGACUGUCUUCAGGACUCGCCCAAAUUCAGGAAUCAAUUAGAACGACAUGAAUCAAAUAUUGAUUUGCUGGAGCAUAGACUCGAGAAAGUUGUUAAAGUUUGUAGUUUAAUGAUUGAUUCUGGAAAAACUUAUGUCAGUCAACAAUCCUUAUUUGCUAAUAGUCUCUGGGAAAUGGGAUUAUGUUUUCGAGAUGAUACAUCAUCAACAAAAAAUCUUAAUAAAAUAAUACAUGCUCUCCAAGAAAUGAACAAAUUUUUGACUACAUUUUUAGAUCAGGCCUCUCGUACUGUUUUGAAUAAUUUGACAGUAUUUGUAAAGGAAGAUAUCAAAGCAAGUAAAGAAUCUAAACAUACUUUUGAAAAAGCAGCAUCUGAACUUGAUGGAGCUUUAUUAAGAAAUUCUCAGAUUUUAAAAUCAAGGCCUAAUGAAGCUGAUGAAUUGAUGAGUCAAGUUGCAUCAGCAAGAAUUGCUUUUCGUCAUGCAGCACUGGAUCAUGUUCAUUGUAUAACUAUGCUUUUAGCAAGAAAAAAACCUGAAAUAUUUUCAACGCUGUUGUCUUAUAUUCAAGCAUGGAGUACUUAUUUCCAUCAUGGAUAUACUUUGACCGAAGAUUUACAAGAUUUUAUUCAAAAUUUAAAUGAAGAAGUUGAGGUUAUGAUAAUAGAAGCAGGAAAAAUGGAAAAGCAACUUGGCGAGCACCAUAAAUUAGUUAAUAGCAAUGAUACUGUUAUGAUAAAUGGCGAUGAUAAUGAAAUCAAUGCUAAAGACAAAGAAGUAUCACGUAUUGAAGGUUAUUUGUACAAAAGAACUAGUAAUGCAUUUAAAACAUGGAAUCGCCGUUGGUUUUAUUUAAAAAAUAAUCAGCUGGCUUAUCGAAAAAGGAGUGGUGAAGAUUUAUUUACUGUAAUGGAAGAAGAUCUAAGACUCUGUUCAGUAAAACCUGCAUAUGAUGCUGAAAGAAGAUUUUGUUUUGAAGUUCUUUCUCCAACAAAGAGUCAUAUACUUCAAGCUGAUUCUGAACAUGCAUAUAAAUCAUGGAUAGAAGCUUUACAACAAGGUAUUGGUGCUGCCAUACAACAAAGUGGUCAACGAAAUACAAGUCCUUUAGGAGGAAAUAAUCAAUUUUUAAAUGAUUUUAAUAGUUUAAAUAAUCGACUGUCGAAUUCAAGUAAACUUAAAAAAUCAAAAACAUUAGAGGUAUUAAUUAAAAUUGCUGGAAAUGAGAAAUGUUGUGAUUGCAAAGCACCAAACCCAAGUUGGGCUAGUAUUAAUUUGGCAAUUACUUUGUGUAUUGAGUGUUCUGGUGUUCAUAGAAGUCUUGGUGUACAUUAUAGUAAAGUUCGUUCUUUGACACUUGAUGAUUGGGAACCAGAAAUAUUAAAAGUUUUAGCUGAAGUGGGGAAUGCUGUUGUUAAUGAUGUAUAUGAAUAUAAUGUUCCAUCAAAUGUGGUGCGUGCUUCAGCAAAGUGUCAAGAUUCUGUCAGAGAACAAUGGAUUAGAAAGAAGUAUGUCGAUCGCCUUUAUGUUAAACCCCUUCCUAAUAAUCAACUGAAAAUAGAUGAUCCAGACACAAAAAAGUGGAGUGUGCGUAAAGUUCGUAGACGAGGAAUCCAAUAUAAAUCUAUACGUAAAAGUAACUUAAAAAAGGAGGCUGAUGAUAAUGUAAUGAUUAUUGGGGGUAAUGCUGGUUCAAUAUCUCUUGAUGCAAUUAGUAGUGACGAUGACUCUACUAUUAGUGAUGAUGGAGUUGAUGUUGGAGAAGAAGAUAUAUCUACUCUAGAACCAGAUAUGCUACUAUAUAAAGCUGCAACAGCACAUAACCUCCCAGUAAUGUGUCAUGCAAUUGCAAUGGGUGCUAAUAAGAAUUGGAGGAACCCUAAUGACAAAGGGCGAACUUGUUUGUUCCAAGCUAUUUAUAGUGGAUCUGUUAUGGCGUGUGAAUAUUUAAUUUUAAAUGCUGCAGAUAUUAAUAUUCAAGAUGAUGAUGGAGAAACUCCCUUAUUUUAUGCUACCCAAUUAGGCCAUACUGCUCAAGUAUGUUUACUAUUAAAGCAUAAGGCUGAUCAAUAUCUAAAAAACCAAAAGGGUGUUGAACCAUUACAAGUUGCAAUACAUCAAGCUAAUGCUGAUAUUGUCACCUUAUUAAAAUUAGGUCGUUUAAAUGAAGAAAUAAAAAACUCUGAGCAUGGGAAUGCAGAAGAAUCAUUUAAUGACGUAGUACGUGAUUUUACACAACAACUCACUUUUAGUCCAUCACACAAAUGAAUUUCAUCAGCGAUGUGCCAAAUAUAAAUUUCUUUAACCAUUUAUGAUAUACAUCGAAAAAUUUCUUGCUGGUUUGAAUGUUCAAGAUGAAAAACACCUUCACCGCUGGCACACUUACGACCAGCUUCAAAUGUAAAUCGUCCUGCUCUAUAGCCAUAGCGUCGUAUGAAACGAUAAGGCCAUGUUAAAAGUAAAGUAUCAUUUUCAUCAGAUUCUCUUAAUUGAAGAGCAACAGGAGUUACUACUAAAGUAUAUGGUUGUUCUUUUAAACCACAACGUACACUAGCAUCGGAUGGCACUAAUUUAACACUAAAUACUCCAGCUAUAAAAUAUACACAAAAUUUAUUAUACAUCAUUUAAUGUUUCAAUUUAUUUUAAAAUAUAAUUAUAAAAAUUACCAUCGCCUGAUGAACAAUAUAAA